UAGCCGCCAUAAACAGUAGCAAUUCACGCCAUCUCUAGUAGACAUCAUUAUAUAGUCGUAGCCAUAUUGUGCCUGUCGUGUAUGAAUGUGUGUAUCGAAGAGUAAUGUACAAUCGUAAAGAGACAACAAUAAUAAUAUAAGAAGUAUAAAUUACAUUUAAUGGUAAUGGCUGCAGUUAAGCAAAACACAAAACGAUCGAAAUGGGCUUUGGAUUUUGCACAGGACAAAAAUGUGGACAUCCCUUUUCCACCAGGUUAUACACCAGCUGUUGCGUUAUUCCACGCAGCAGAUUCUAUCAGAGAAACAGAUUCUAAUCAUUUGAUAAUGAAAAAAUCAUGGGAUCUAGCAUUAGGUCCUUUGAAACAAGUUCCAAUGAAUUUAUUUAUUAUAUACAUGGCAGGUAAUUCUAUUGCAAUAUUUCCUAUAAUGAUGGUUGGUAUGUUGAUCAUCAGGCCAGUGAAAGCGCUAUUUACUCUUCAACAAACGUUUAAAGUAAUCGAAGGAACACAUGCUUUCGGCCAGAAAUUCGUAUACUUUCUGGGGCAACUGGUAAACAUUGCAUUGGCGUUGUAUAAAUGUCAAUCUAUGGGACUACUUCCGACGCAUGCAUCCGAUUGGUUAGCAUUUGUCGAACCACAAGCACGAUUGGAAUAUUCUGGUGGUGGAUUUAUAUAUGUAUGACGCAAGACAUAAUUAAAUUGAAAGUGUUAUAUAUAUGUAUACUUAAGGAAAAUAACUGUUGUAAAUUUAGGUAUAUUUUACUUUGUGCAUAAAUUAUAAAAAGUUACACACACUACAUGAAAAUGUUUUAUUAAAAUAAAAUCAAAAAGACUAUGCGUUAUGACUGUGUGUUACAUGCUUAUAUACAUAUGUGUAAAAUAAAUUACAUUUAAAUAUAUUCUGUAAACAUAAUACAUAUAUAUAUAUAUAUUUUCACAUUUGUAUAUAUAUAUGUGUGUGCAUGUAUGUGCCUAGGUAUCCUAGUU